UUAUUAUCAAUGGAGUCAAGGGCGGUGGAGGACGCGACGUGAAGAUAAGAUAACUUUUCUCCCUGAUUUCACCUUUAAUUCGGUUAUAUGAUGAGCUUUUCUUCACCUGUUUGUGGGCAAGAAAGUGCGUGUGGGUUCCAAAAGCGGCUGCAGAAGAGCGAUAAGGAGAUAUUACUACUUUUGAGAUAAGCUUCAUUGAUCUAUCUUCAUUUCGUUUUACAUUUUUAAAGCAAAAUUAGACCACAACCAUGCGACGGUGGCUGGCACUGGUGGCUCUCCUAGCUAUUGCAGUUGGACCGUCAACAUGUUUUCAACCGCGGAGGAUCAUGUUUGCUCGCUGUUCGGCAGAGGAAAAGAUGCCUAGAGCUGUGUUCAUGUCGUGUGCAAACAGACGUGGUAUUUGUGAAGUCAGGGUAGGAAGUACACAUAAUCUUCGAGCCAUCUUUAUACCAGAUUAUAAUUCCACGGACGUUGACUCCCAUGUGAGGUGGAACUCCUGGUUUGAGGUCCCUCUGCCAGGCCAAUCUCGUGAUGCGUGUGAUGGAGCGAUUGACUGUCCCGUCGUAGCAGGGGAAGUCACCCGUUUCACUUACGUUCUUGAUAUCCAGGAAUUCUGGCCGAGGAAUGAGUAUCCAGUGAUUUGGACACUCACAGACAGAGCAACAGAUGAAAUCCUGGUGUGCUUCAAGUUCAAAAUCAAUAUUGUAUAGCCAGGUUCGGGAACCUCAAAAAAGUCUAAGGGAUCCAGUAUCCACAGGGUAGUACUGUGAAGGCCCAGGGUAAUAACUUUUUUAAUUAUCAACAAGACUAUGUUAAGUAUAUCAUAGGAUGCUCAGUAUCAAGAUAUCACCCUUCCCAUUUAGAUGUAGACACCCACUGGAGUUCAUAUUUUUGAAAACUCAGCUGGUAGUUGCAUAACACAAAAUGCCUAUGUUAACAAUGGAAAGGAAUGACGAAGUCGCUAGAUUCCACAAGCCACUCAAGGUUAUCACAGCUUUUGUACAUGUUAGAGGCCUCCAAAGGUCUGUCAUAAUGUAUCAAACGUAGACAAUAUCCAUUACCUGAAGAAAUGUGUUUUUAGUGAUGGUGUAAUCCCAAAGCUAAGUAAGAAUGUAGUGUCACUGUCAAAUAGAGCCAAGUAAAUUAACCAAUGAUUAAGGGAAGGUUUACUACCUAAGCUUCUAUCUCAUUGUUACACAAGCUAUGUAAACACUCCAAGGAGCAUAGCACAUUUCCUUAUUAUAUCAAGAGCUGUAUUCAGAUUUGUUGUAAAAUCACCAUUAAAUAAAUGCUCGAGCACUCUCUUCUCUACGUUAUAUGUGUUAGGAUGAGAGCUGUCAGUCUCACUGAAAGGGACCAGGUCCUGCCACUGCAAAGUACCUUCUGCAGAAAUGUACCUCAUCUGACGACCCUCCAAGCCCCGCCCAACCCCUCCAAAAAGAAAAAAAACAUGUAAGAGAAAACAAAAUAUCCUAUAUCUUUCAUGAUCACUUUUUCACUUUUUAGAUUUUUCACUCUUGGUUGUAUAAAGAAAAAUAUUAUAAUUUUUGUCAAGGAAUCUUUUAAUAAACUAAAAGAAAUUUG